AUGGGUAAUUGGAAAUUAGAGGUUGCAAGAAUGGCUAUGUACACAUCAUUCCCAGUGGCAUUGUUCUUCUAUUUUAACCAGCCAACAUAUUUUGAAGAGUGGGUAACAAACACAAAACGACAAAUUAUGCCCCCUGAGAAUAUAAAAGAUAGAGAAGCUUUCCAGAACCUUGUUAGGGAAAUGAGGAAGAAACAGAUUCAAUCAUUAGAUGACUAA